AUGGAAGCCACGAAUGUAUUCAAUAUAACAAACCUAACUUUGGAUGAUGAAGGAAAGUACACCUGCAAAGUUUGCAACAAAGAAAGGACCACAAGCUUAUACAUUCAUAGAGGUAAAACUUUAACUACAAUAUUGCAUGGUUACCUAUUGUGAAACUAUAGAGUAGGUGUGAUUAGCAUGAUACUGUAAUACGCCCUUCUGGAACUCCAAAUUCACUCAACUGCUCGUGGCAAAAUGAACAUUAUUUAUCAUAACCCCACAUGGCUAUUAGAGUCGUAAUAUAUUAGAAUCGAAGUAUCGAACAUUAUACAAUAAAAAUCUCAUCCACCAUGCAACUACACCCAGAUAAAGGAAUUCAAAGCAAUGCGGAGUGAAAACUUAAAUAUCGUGACAAUCGUCUAUUAUAUUGGUAUGGGGUGCACAUAAAGCUGAACGCUGGACCCUGAACUAGACCAAACCUAUUUUUAUAGUGAAUAACAUGUAUAUGUUUGUUAAUUUGCCAAUAAAUACUUUAAUAAUUCUUCUAUAUAUAAUAACUUUAAGUCUUCUGUGGCAAAGAUAAAUUGGAAAAUAACCAGGGGUCGGUAUAGUUGUUUAAUUAAUGAUGAAAUUGUGAUUCCUGUAUCUCGUUUAGGAAUUAAUGCUUAUUUAAAAGCUUUCAUAAUAAAGGAACCAGAUGAAACAUUGUACGAUAUUAAUAGCAAAGUGAAAUUAAUAUGCACAUUUGGCAAGAACAAACAAAAACUAAGCAAGAACGAACAAAAACUAAGCAAGGACUACUUUGAACUAGCAUGGUACAAACUUGCUUCAGAUGGACAAAGAGAACCGAAACCACUUAAUGUCCACGAAAGUGUGGAUGGGCCAUAUCUUUUGCUUGAUCCACUGACCCAGGAAGCAGAGGGAACUUACGAGUGUGAAGUAACACGACCUAUAGUCAACUAUUACGAUUUUAAAUUGGUUAGGAUAAAGCUUAAAGGUAAGCCUAAUGUGUAAAAUAAUAUUAUUUAUAAUAAAUCUUCAACUUAGACUUGUUCAAACAUCGCUGAAACCAAUUAAUAACAAUUUGCAUGCAUGCACGCAUGCUUGAACUGAGCCGUGCCGGUUGGGAUUUAAGUCCGACGAACGUCCAGUAAAUAAAAUGUCUCAUAUUAUAUAAUACAUGUCUCAUAUUAUUGAAAUUACUAAUUUUCCUUAUUUAUCGAUAAAAUUGUGAUUAGAUAUUUCUAGUUAGUCAAUAUGGUGCACCCACGAAAAACGAACAUCGAGACUCGGGCUAGAUUUAACUCAUCAAUUGACCUGCUGCAGCUUCUUGCGGCAACGCUAUAUUCUCGUGGUGGAGACAUUUUCACUCGGUACUCGACCAAAUUAAAGGGAGACAUUUCAUUGGCUUUUCGUAUAAUUGCUAUUUAUACCAAAAGUUGAGCAGUUUUCGCUGGGAAAAAUUACUCUUACUAUCAUUAUGUUAUGUGAACACAAAUACUUCGAUUUCAUCGUCUGUAAAGUUCGCACGGACCCAUGAGGCCCUGAGAAGCAGAGGGAAACAAAACGAUGCUAUUGGAUAAUUGCUUCUAUAAUUAUACCAAACAUUCAUUGUGUACAAGUGUGCAUAAGCAUAUGCAAAAGAAUGUAUGAACAAAGAUUUUAGCCGAGCUUCCAGACCACAUCGUGAUUGACUUCACUCUCUCUAUAUAUGCAUGUUUCAGUUAGUCUGUGACUAAAAAUCUCGGCCCGAUUAUUUUUUUAUGUAGAUCGUUUCAGACCCAAAAUUCAUGUCCGAAAUUACAAUUCUGUGUUCGUUCGCAAAGAAACAGAAAAUUUUUCAUUAUGGUACAACGUGUCAUCUCAACCAGCGUGUAAGAUUGCAUGGUGGAGAUCUAAAGAUGGAGUAAAGUAUCAGUUGAUAACUCAGUGUUUGGUGGAUGCCCAAAGGUGCGAAAAACCAGACAAAGGGAACUUGACUAUUACGAAGACAAGUUUUGAAAUUAAAGACCUCAAAUUUCCUCAAGAUAACCUGUUCUACAAAUUGGUUGCAGAAAACGACAAAUGGAACGAUUCGAAAACUUUCCAAAUACAAGUCCUAGGUAAGGCGAAUGAAUGCCAAAUAGCAAAUUUUAACCACUCGUUAAAAACGAAAACAACAGAAAUGUUUGUAAUAAUAGAAAAAAGGUACGUGUCAUAUGCUCUCUAACCUCCCUUCAACUUAACUCAGCGGUAAUAUUAAUAAGUGAGUACCGGCAAUCCCCAUGCAUGUUCUAUUAUAGGGACCAGUCAUUAUUUAUGGCGGGGGUGGCACCGAAGAGAAAUGUUUUUCGUGCCAAAACAUUUUGGUGACCCAACCACCAAAUUAAAAAGUACAAAAAUUUGAUUUGAUAACGGAUUGUGGAAUUUUCUGCAGUCUAAAGUUUCAAAAUAGUGACUCUGAUUGAUUCACAUUUUCGGUAUUGACAUAUGACUGUUGACAUUGCUUUUUAGUCUCCAAUAUUUUAGUGAGUCAUGCUUUGGAAAUGACAAUACAUUUUUAUUGCCCAACCCUUGAGUUGUUUUGUUUUUCAUUUACCCAACUUUUUACUCCCUCAAAAUUUUGUAGGGAGUAUAAGGGGCAAAAUGUCACGAACAUGCACUAUAGCUAUUAGCUAUACUAUAGUAGCUGGUUAUCAAAUGUUGACAAUGACCAUGCUAAAUCGAUCUGUUUUCUUUUAAUUUAUUGAGUUUUUCAGUACCCAUUUUUAGAAAACCUUAAUAUAAUUCUGUGCGUUUGAUUAUGGCACCAAAACGUUCGAAACUGAACCAUGAUAUGCCGCAUGAACUUUCAUUUGAAACGCAAUAUAAUUUAUGGUUGCAAUAAGUCUUUCAUUAUCAUGCUUUUUUACAGCGAAACCUGAGAUUGAAGUUCAAGAAGAGAUGCAUAUGUUUAAGAAAGGAAUGAUCAUGAUCAUUAACUGCACAUUAUCGAAGAGAGUCAAUCCACCCGAAAUUAACUAUACCUGGCAUUCGUGCGACACUGUCAACUGCGGUAAAGACAUCGCCAAGUGGAAACUUGAAUCACGUAGCUAUUCGUUAAGAAUUGAUAACCAGGUAAAAGCUGAGAUGAAGUAUCGAUGCAUAGCCAUAAAUGCCGCUGGUAAAGAUGAAUCUGCGACGAUCACGGUUUAUAAACUGUCAGGAAAUUUUUCUACAAAUGUUCCUACAAAAUCGACAGCAUCAGUGAAAACCUUGCUUUCCGUUGUCGUUCCAACUGGAAUAAUAACCUUGAUCAUUUCAGUGGCGACAUGCUUUGUGUUGUACAAAAGGAAGAAAAUUUAUGGUGGCUUUUAUCUUUUCUCAUAUCCUCCCUUACCCGACUACAUGGAGACAUUGGAUGUAAAUGGAAAUAUCCAGGAGCAACUCCAAAAACUUCCGUUUAUAGCUGAAUGGGAAUUUCCAAGAGAAAGAAUAAGUUUUAGUAAGUACGAAAUGUUCCCAGUUUCCGUAAAGUACCAGUCUCCGGACAAAAUAUUUUUAAAACGCUAAAUUUUUAUACGAAACAACCAAAUUUAAAGGAACAAAUUAAUAUGUUAUUGUUCGGAAUAGUUUCACCUUAUAGUUAUUGCAGUUUUCAGCAGAAGCACCAACUUUAAGUGGCACCCAGUUGAAAACGUGUACAUAAAAAUGGCCGUAGUUAUAACGGCAACACGACUAUAUAUAUAAUUAUAGAUAUGCGCGGCGGCAAUGGUACAUGAGAAAAAUGAUUAUGUGAAAAUAUAUCAUAAACAUAUCAUUUGCGAAGUAUCAAAUAUAUCAUUUACGAACCAUUUCGUGUUGAUUUUACAUUAAAUUCAUUAAUUAAAAAUAGAACCAAUAUAGGAUGGAAAAUAAGAUACCUACUUAAGUUUAUAUAUUGAUAGUUCUUUAAUUAUUUAAAAGUGUUAAACUUUUAUCCCCGAGCCAACGGCGCGGAGCGCCGUUCCGGGCGUAAGCCCGGGGCGAGGGUACUAAUUCCGCCCGGCUCUUUACACCUGGGGAAACAAAAGCAUCAGCAAGUCUAAAGUUCAUCAAUGAUCGCGGGCGUGGGUUCCCGUGCGUGGUUCGGUGGGUGGUCAUCUCACUGAUCUCAAAAUAUGGCGGUUUGCCAGGAGUGGAGAAGGCGUAAAAUAUAAAAAAAUACAUGUAUAAAGCUUGGAAAAUUGUUUCACAUAACAAAUUGUAAAACUUUUUACAAUUUUUAAACAUAAAAAUUUAUAAGGAUUGAUUUAGUAUGAGAAAUCCUAAAGUAUAGGGCAAGUUUGUUUCAAUUGUUUAUGUAUGACUUUGUAUUUAUAAUAUAGACUUUGUUCUUGAUGUUCAAGUCUUUCCCAUGCAUUGUUUGCGAAAGUUUUUUAGUUAAAUUAACUUUUGUAGAAGUUCAUGACAAAAAGGAAAACAAAUUAUUUUCAUUAGCGUCCUGUACGAAUUAAAUUUAUUUCAUUUCAAAGUGCGAGUAAUAAGUUGAGGCUCGAGUUGAAGAGUUUAUAAAAAUCAGUAAAAAGCAGUUAAUUUCAAUUCACAUUUAAAAACCUUUUACGUAGAGUUUCGUUUUGAAUUUCACAUUAAAAUGAAGCCCAUUGAAGCCAAACUAAUAUACUUACUUUAUAUAUUUAGAAAUUGAUAGUUCUGUAUUUAAAACUGUUCAAAUUUCAUCUAUUUUUUGCAGGUUUGUAUACAAAAAAUAAAAAAAAAACAAUGGACAACUUGCAUGCUAGACUAAAUUUUAAUCUAAGUAACGACAAGGGAAUCAAACACAGCAGUUGAAAGAACAUAAUGAAAUUAGUAAAAUUGCAAAAUUUGGUUGCGAAAUGUUGCAAAAUACAGAAAAUAUAGCCUUGCGAAGUUUGCAUACUUUCAGUAGCCUAUAUUUGUAUUACGUGCAGAAAUUGUUACCAUUUUCGGCUCAAAAAUAGUAAAAAUUUCCGCACGUAACACAAACAUACUGAAAAUAUGCAAACUUUGCAAGGCUAUAUUUUCUGUAUUUUACAACAUUUCGUAACCAAAUUUUGCAAUUUUACUAAUUUUAAUAAGUUCUUUACGAGAAUUUACUUUUUUUGCCCAAAAGAAAAUUAGUCUAACAUGAAGUUGUCUAUUAUCCUGUUGCCAUGACUAACAUGACGUGACGCGAGCCUGCGUUCAGUGUUGUCGUAAUUACGAAUACUUCAUGUUGAAACAAUGUUUGGAAAAUAUAGGCGAGGGUUUGUUGCAUGCAUGUAUUUCUAGUUUAUUUCCCCCCCGUUUUGUACAAAACAUUAAAAAGACAAUAUCGUGUUGCCAUGCAAGGCUAAUAUGAAGCGAGCAACGCGAACCUGAAUUCAGUGGUGGCGUAAUUAAGAAUACUUCAUGUUGAAACAAUUAAUUUUGGGAAAUAUAGGCGAGGGAAAUAUAGGCGAGGGAUCGUUGCAUGCAUAUAUGUAUUUGUAGUAAUAAACCUGCCUUGUAACCAGGCGCUUCGGUUUCCCACGCCGUUGAGUGGAUAGCGAACGGGAUGACACGCAGCCCGCGCAAAGGCCACGCGAGCCAUAGCAGCAACAUAUAGCGCCUGCGUACGAGGCAGGCUGCCAAUGAGAAACAAUGUUGGCAUCUUGUUCUCAAAAAAAUAAAAAGUUAAUGUUUAUUUUCCUAUCAAUAUAAAUCGCCGCAUUACCUAUUUCUAUCCCCUCACUUGGAAAUAGGUGAGCGUUAACCUGCGAUCAGGCCUAUAAAUAAAUAAAUAGGCGUUUAGCAAAAAUUUAAUUUCUUUGUAGAUAUACUUAUGCUACAGGAUUUUUAAUAAUGUUUGUUAACAUGCGAUUUUUUGUUAGUCAGUGAACUUGGUUCGGGCGAGUUUGGAGUAGUUUGGCUGGCAGAGGCAAUGGGUAUAUCUGCAUUUCGUCCAAGAGAUAUUUUGAAAGGAAGAAAAAGUCGACGAAGGUUUUCCUUCUUUAAUCGCAUGACGAAAACAAGCAGCUACGUUUAUUGUAAGGAAGUAACAAAAGUAGCCGUAAAAAGAAUUAAAGGUUUGAGUUAGUUGGACAUUGCAAAUGUUCACGUUUAUAUAUAUAUAUGUAUAUAUAUAUAUAUAUAUAUAUAUAUAUAUAUAUAUAUAUAUAUAUAUAUAUAUAUAUAUAUAUAUAUAUAUAUAUAUAUAUAUAUAUACAUGUAGUGUUGCUAAAUAAAAAACAGAACAAUUCUUAAUGAACGCCAGUCCUCAUUUUCCCAUUAUAGCUGUGGUCACUUGAUAUGUUUUUGAGCUUUGCAUUUUUUUCUCAAGGCGGGAAAAUUAAAAAAGUAAACAAAAUUAUAUAUGUGGUUUCAAAAAUGUUGGAGUAAUAACCUUUUAAGCGCGGAGCUGGCAAUUAAGAUGGCAGUCAUUUGGUUUAAUUUGGUAAUCAAAGUUUAGCCAAAUUAAUCUACGUUUUGGUUGUAACAUGUUGUUAGUUUCAAGAACAAUGAAUUCUUAUUAAAGUGCAUAUGACAUGGAAUUUCUUAUUUUUUUAAAUGAAAGAACUCUUUAAGCUGUAGUGUAUAACUUACUUUUCAGUUUCUUGUUUUUAUAGUUUUCCCCCGAGAUAUUUCGAUUUGUUUGAUAUGUAAUAGACUUACCACAAGCCGAUCUCGAAUAGCGAGCUGUGAGCGGUAAAGCCACGAGAUCUAUACGAACCACGAAAAAAACUGGAAAGGACUUUGGGAAAGUCUAGAUAUGUAAAUGAGUGUGAAUAUGUCCGCUAAUUUACGUCAUAUUGGUUGCAAGCUCAACUUAAACUGGUUAUAAUUAAUCUAUUAACUCUAAAAACUGUAGAUAUCAGUUCACAUUUUUCUCCAGUGUUUCAUCACAUUUACCAGUGAGUGAAGUUUGAAAUUAUCAUCUUGGAUGAUAGCAGUGAUAUUUAACCAUUUUGAAGAGCGUGCAACCAAUGUGACGUCAUAAAUUAGCGGACACAUUCACACUCAUUUGCAUAUCAAACAAAUUGAAAUCUUUCAGGAACAAACCAUAAAAACAAGAAACUGAAAAAUAGUUACACUACAGCUUAAAGAGUUCUUUCAUUCAAGAAAAUAUGAAAUUUCAUGUCAUAUGCACUUUAAUAGCGAAAAUAAUUAUACAGUGUAUAUACUUUUCUUUGUUAUAUAGACAAUUGGGAUCGAAGCAAACUGCUUGAUUUGCAAUCUGAGCUAAAGAUUUUAAUUCAUGUUGGUGAGAAUGAGAAUAUUGUAAACAUACUGGGUGCUUGUACUAAAG